AUGGUUGUUGGCCCUCUCCAGGAUGCCAACCAGCAGUUCACCGUGGAAACGUUUCCUCUUGGACUGGUCGGCCACGGUGCUGGGACGGUGAGUGAGAAUGAGGAGCAGAAACCUCAGCAGGAAGAUGCUGAGCAAGUGGAAACGCAUGGGGGAUUAUUGAAAAUCUCUCCAGAGGAUGUUUCCAGGAGUCAUGAGCGGGGAAAAAGUUGUGAGAGUCAGCACAGGCCGGAGAGGAGGCAGAGAAACAAACCAAGUGAGAAAAUGAAUAAACCCAUUAAUAGUUGUGGGCCGCACAAAUACCUCAGAGAAACUGCAGCCCAGCAGGAAAUGCAGGGAGGAGAGAGAAACAAGACAUGCGCUGAGUGCGGGAAAAGCUUCACUCGGAGAUCAGCCUUUAUUAGGCAUCAGAGAAUUCACACGGGAGAGAGACCCUAUGAAUGCUGGGAGAGACCCUAUGAAUGCAGUGAGUGCAGGAAAACCUUCACUAACAGCUCAGCGCUUAUGGCACAUCGAAGAAUCCACACAGGGGAAAAACCCCAUGAAUGCUGUGAGUGCGGGAAAACCUUCAUUAGCCGCUCAAAGCUCAUUGCACAUCUGAGAAUCCACACGGGGGAGAGACCCUAUGAAUGCAGUGAGUGCAAGAAGAACUUUACCAACAGCCCAGACCUUAUAAAGCAUCAGAGAAUUCACACAGGGGAGAGACCCUACGGAUGUCCUGACUGUGGGAAAAACUUCACUUACAGCUCAGCGCUUAGGAAACAUCAGCAAAUCCACACGGGCGAAAGACCCCAUGAAUGCAGUGAGUGCGGGAAAAGCUUCACUCAGAGCUCAUCCCUUAUUUCACAUCAGCGAAUCCACACGGGAGAAAGACCCUACGCGUGCUCCGAGUGUGGGAAAAAAUUCAUUGACAGCUCACCACUUCGGAGCCAUCAGAGAACCCACACGGGAGCCAGACCUUAUGAAUGCAGAGAGUGUGGGAAAACCUUUACUUGGAGCUCAAACCUUAUUACACAUCAGAGGCUCCAUAGCUCAUAG